AUGGCGCUCACCACGCUGGUCCUAAGUGCACUUGCUCUCACAUUUAUCGCCUACUUCAUAAGCGCCUCAACCCAGCAGCGCCAACAUAACCUCCCCCCAGGUCCCAAACCGCUGCCUAUCCUCGGCAACAUGCUCGACUUCCCCCCAGCCGGAACCGCGGAACAUAAGCACUGGCUCGCGCACAAAGACCUCUAUGGGGGCCUAAGCUCCGUCUCCGUCCUCGGCACGACAAUGGUGAUAAUCCACGAUCGGGAAAUCGCCCACUCGCUGCUGGACCAACUCUCUGCCAAAACUUCCGGGCGGCCAAGCAUGGUCAUGGCUGGGAAGCUCUGCGGGUACGAGAAAAUCGUCCUGUGCCAGGGCUACGACGCUUCUUUUCGGCGGAAUCGCAGGUUCCUGCACCGUGAGCUGGGUACCAAGGUUUCGGCCGCCCAGUUCCAGGCUGUGCAGGAGGUGGAGGUCAAUCGGCUGCUUGUGAGGGCGUUGAAUGAGCCGGAGGCGUGGCUGGAGCAUUUGAAGACUGCCGCCGGUGCAACGGUCCUCAAAAUGGCAUACGGGUAUACCAUCGACCCCCACAAGCCAGACCCCCUGGUGACGCUCAUCGACAAAAUGAUGACCGAGUUCUCUCUUGCCUCCGUGCCGAUGGGGUGGGCGGUUGAUAUCAUUCCUGCGCUGCAGCACCUGCCCGAAAACUUCCCCGGCGCUGGCUUUCAGAAGACUGCGCGGAAAUGGAGGAAGUCGAUCCAGGACUCUGCACACAUUCCAUACUGGUUUGCUUGGCAACAGCUCGAGUCUUCACAGGCCAAGCCAUCUUUCGUAUCGAAACUCAUACAACAGCUCAAAGCCGAGAAUGACGGCAUACUUGAUCCAGAAGACGAGCAGGCUAUCAUCUGGACAGCAGCAAGUCUUUACGGCGCAGCGGCGGACACAACCGUCAUCGCGCUAACGGCGUUCACCGCAGCCAUGAUCAUGUAUCCGGAUGUGCAGCGCAAGGCACAAGAGGAAAUCGACCGCGUCGUUGGGUCUGACACUCUACCAACGUUCGCCGACCGUGAGAGACUCCCGUACAUCAAUGCAUUAGUUAAAGAGGUACUUCGCUGGUGGCCCGUUGCACCAAUGGGUUUCCCGCAUACAGCCACAGAAGAUAUAGAAUACGGGGGCUACCGAAUCCCCAAGGGCUCCAUGCUUCUUCCCGCCGUUUGGUGGUUUACGCAUGACCCUGCCGUUCAUGCGGAUCCGGACGCCUUUGAUCCAGACCGGUUUCUGGCCCCGCGGAACGAGCCCGAGUCGUACAUGGAACUGUGGGGGUACGGACGCAGGAUAUGUCCCGGGCGGUUCUUUGCUGAUGCGGGGCUGUAUUUGAAUAUCGUGCAGAGCUUGGCUGUGUUUGACUUGAGGAAAGCUGUUGGUGAAGAUGGCGUUGAGAUUGGGUUGGAUAUGAAACCUAAGCCAGGUGUCCUGGCGUAUCCGACGAAGUUUGAGUAUAGGAUUGAGCCGAGGAGUGAGAGGCACGUCGAGCUGAUUCGGAAGGCUGAGGACACCGUUGGGUGGGAAGAGAGUGAUGCCCAUAAGCUGGAUAGUGUGGAUAAGUUUGAAGUAGUAUAG